AUGGCCCUCUUUUUGAGUUCACUUGUGGGAAAGUCUGUUCAUAGAACAUUUUAUAUGAAAUUUGCUCAGGUAUACUUAAACAGCUCCAGAUGUACAAGUACUGUUUCAAUUAAUUUUUCUGUGCAGAAUGUCAAGUUUGCAAACCACAAAGUUCAGAAUGGGGAUAACCUAGGAAGCAAAUGUACAGGUAUUUGCGACAGUUACCACUUAAGAAGUGCAAUUUUAUACCAUAAGAGAAACUUCACCACCUCAAAAUCCAUGCUAAAAAAGAAAAGAAAGGCCACCAAGAGAACAACGCCUCCCCCAGAGGACACAGAUGAGGAUGUUGAGAAGAGUAUCCUCGAAGAUCCGGAUUUCAAUAGUCUGAGGGAAGGCAUGGACGACUUGAACAUCAGGAAGUACCUCUCUGGGAGUGCUAGUCAGAUUGGGACUAUAGUUCUGCAGCCAUGGGUGAAGUGGGGACCAAAAAUGAAGCAGAACACUUCCGCACAGUUGAUGCUGGAAGAGGCGGCAACAUUGGUGUCUACACUUCCAGGAGUCAAGGUUGUGGCGAAGGAAGUGGUACCAGUGAAGAGUUUGGAUGGGAAGAUGAUAUUUGGUUCUGGAACUCUUUCAAGGCUCGUCUCAGAGGCUCGUACCAAUAGGAUGGCAGUAUCUGUGUUUAUCAGUGUUGACAUGUUAAAGAGAAGUCAGAUAGAGGAACUAGAAGCAGCCUUUGGCAUGAAGGUCUGGGAUCGGUACUCUGUAGUCCUUAGUAUCUUCCAACACAACGCUCACACAAGAGAAGCUAAGUUGCAGGUUGCCCUUGCUGAGUUGCCCUAUAUCAGAAAAAGACUGCCUGGAGAGAGAGAGAGAAUGGUUAUAGUGGAGAGAGAGAAACGUAUUCGCAAUGCCCUGAACAAACUAGCUGGGAAAAGAGCAUUAAUUAGAAGAGGGCGUGCCAGGUCUAAUUUACCCACUGUUGCUGUUGUAGGGUACACCAACUCAGGUAAAACAUCCUUGAUUCGAUCCAUCACUGGAGACGAAAGAGCCGAAGGAAAGAAUAGUCUCUUUGCUACCCUGGAUGUUACAGCUCACGGAGGCAGACUUCCUUGUGGCCUUGAAGUUGCUUUUAUUGAUACUGUAGGAUUCAUACAAGACAUCCCAACAGAAUUGGUUGCAUCCUUUAGGGCAACUUUAGAAGAUGCUGUUUGUGCUGAUGUAGUGAUCCAUGUACGGGAUGCCAGCCACCCAGAUUAUGAGCUGCAAGGCAUUACAGUGAAUGAAACACUGUCAUCACUCCCACUCCCUGAAGACACACCAGUUAUUACUGUAGCAAACAAGGUUGAUUUAACCUUGGUGAAGCAUGAAAAUGAAUUUGGAGAACACAUGCUGUCUGCUACCACUGGUCAAGGUAUUCCAGAAUUUUUAGAUUAUUUACAAGAAGUGGUGCUAAAGGUGACUGGGAGACGCGCAUGGCGAUUUUCCCUGCCUACAGGCUCCCCUGAAAUACAAUGGUUACGUAAUGUUGCUGGAAUAGUGAGUGAAGAGAUGGACCCAGAGAAUCUUCAGGUUACCAAGAUUGUUGCUGUUCUUACUGAUCAGGAAUUAGCUGCAUAUAAUCGCAAUUUUGGAAAGUCUUAGCUGUCAACAAAUUUAGAAUUCUUCAAUAGUGUGUUAAUGUAUAUAAAUGAUUAUUUCUUUUUCUCAGUGUUUUCUUUAAAGUUUACAAAAAAUUUACUUUUAUGGGUGAUUAGAAUCCUCUGUUUUUAAUACAAUGUAGAAUAAGAAAAAGUUUAUGGAUUCACAA